AUGUGUAAUGAACAUGACACAUCGGAACAAUACUAUCUACAGAGGUCCACGAAAUUAUGCGGAAGAAAUCUCCACCUACGACAACAAAAUAACCGCAGCAAAUCUUACAGUAACAAAGCUUCAUCUCCGCCUCUUGUUAAUGGGCAUACAAAUCAUUUUAGUCUAACAGGGGAUGGUUGCUAUGAGAAUGGUCAUGAAGAUAAUGACGGAGUAGAAAAAGAUAAAAAUUCUAGUGACACAAGCAGAGUUCUUGUAAAUAGUGUUGCACCUGCAGAUUUUUCGUUUGAUGAAGACAACGGUAACAGUGAUAAUGCUGUCGGCGAAAGUAACGGAAGUGAAAACAACGAUCGGUACUAUGUCUUGAAUUACGACAGCAGUAAGGAUGCUGAAUGUCAAACUGGUGGUGCUAAUGAACUAGGCGAUAGGCACGGGCACGAUGUUGAUGGCAAUGAUGACGCUAACGUAGGCAAUACUAAUGCUGACCAUGAUGAUGAUAAUGAUGGAGCCAAUGCUGCUUCUACUGUUGAAAAUGACGGUGAUAGUGAUGAAGAUGGUGAUAAUGGCUGCAGUGGAUAUCACAACCCUCACCACCUCCACCAUGCUAGACACGAACAUAGUGAUGGUGGGGGUGGUGAGGGUAAUACUGUUCGCAGUGGUGACAGGUAUAAUGAUAAAGACCGUGGUAACCGCUGGGAGUUUAUUGGAAAUAGCAACUUUGAUUAUGAAAAUAAAAAUGAUGAUGCUGAAUCCGAAGUCGUUGUGGCCAAAUCAAGCUCGUUACCUGUUGAAAGCCUUGUACCAGGGAACAGUUUCAAAGAUUUUAAAUCAGCUACCAAGGACACCAAACUUAGCUUACCAGUUAACGCUGGCUUGGAUGACCAAGUCAAAUCUCGGACAAUCGGAACUACAGCGGGGGACAACAAUGGUAACAAAAAGCCGCCGGGGGCUAGAGUGAAAACGUUGCUUACGAGUAAUGAGCACACUGCAAAGGUACCUACGACGAAUUAUCCAACAAGCCUAGGAUCAAAGACUUCGUCACUGAGGUUACCUCGAGUAAAUGGGGCGGAAUUAAAUUACUUUUACAACAGCAGAAUACCAUCCCUAGAUGCGACAGGUAUUAAUCAAAAUUUCCUUGCGCGACAUACGACAGAUCAAAGUCUACAACAUGCCUCACAGCCUAGUGAUUUUAAACAAACGAGAGAAUUGACUCCACCCACGGAUUGGCCCGUAUGGAGUCUAACACCUCCUCCAAUGACUGAAACAAAUGAUUUGAGACAUCGAUGGCCUCUGUCAAGUUUACUGCACCCUUCCGUCGUCAGUUAUCAAACUGGGAGACAAAGUAGCUGGAAUGAUGAGCCACCUGCAUCAAGGUUACCUACAGUAAAAUCGCAUACGCCCAAGGCCACUGCAACAGUCACGGAGUUGCAGCCUAGUGCGAGUGUAACAUCUUGGAGUGUACCUUCAUACAGCUAUCAAUCCAGUGUGUUGCCUGAAAACGGGCAAGAACGUUUCCUGGAGCCUUACACACCCAAUUCGUUUACAGAAAACCGAGAACAUAUUCAUCCUGUGACUUCAUCUGAAAUAUCUCCCUUAAGGAGAGAGGAUCAGGGAAAUGGUGCUUUGGCAUUAUCACCUGAGUUCCCGGAUGACCCCUCACUUGCCGCACUAGAACGCAAGGUGGUGGAGGCAUGUGCAGUAGUUGAAAGGGUUAUGAAAGAACGCGAAGAAAGAACAAAAGCGCAGCGUGAAGCAGCGCGAAAGAAAAGAGAGAUGAGAGAACAAAGAGAAAGAGAGGCAAGAGAAAUGAGAGAAAGAGAAUGGAGAGAAAGAGAAGAGAGAGAAAGGAAAGAAAGAGAAGAAAAAGAAAGGGAAGAGAGAAAAAUGAGAGAAAGACAAGAGAGAGAAAUAAGGGAAAGAGAACAAAGAGACAGGAGCGAACAGAUAGAAAAUGA